AUGGCCCUAGAACUCUCUUAUUUGAACACCUUUAUCGACGUGAAGGAUGAUUUUGAGGAUAUGGCAGGUUCGAGGUCUCGAGCCCAGAGCUCACCUCCAUGCAACGGUCGGCGCAUCAGCUUCAGCUUCUUCAGCUUGCCAAGCAGAAGCGAGGAACAGUCCAUGCGCAGCUACGUCAGCAGCCUGUCCCAGAAGAUGACGGACGGAUUCACAUGGCUUCAGGAGGAUGCGGAGACCCCCACCAAUGAUUUCCCCGCAUUGAAUACGGACCGUGGUAGCGACAGCCCUGAAAGUCCUGCUGACUCGCCUGCCCAACGAGAGGUCUUGCUCAGUCAGGGAAGUUUGGGGCAUCCAGAGGUGUGCCGGCGACCAUGCAUCUUCAGGGCUCUUGGGGAAUGUGAAAAGGGGAAUGCGUGCGCCUAUUGCCACAUGGAUCACUUUGGGAAGACGCCCAAGCUCGACAAGAGGCAGCGCACAAUCGUCCAAGGCCUCAACCAGUCGCAGUUGUGUCGGAUCAUCCUGCGCUUCUGCAGCAGCAAAGCCGAGAAGGAGGGCUUCCUUGACGAGGCAGCCGAGGUCCUCGCUAUCUUGGCGGAGGAAUCUGCAGGUGUGCAGCCACUGCAGUCCCUUCCUUUGUCGGACCGUGACCUGCGCAAUGUCAGCAAGACACUCUCGCGAAUGAGCUUCUCCAACUUGAUCGGUCUCGCCACGCGCCAGUCUGCUAACUCGGCAUGGAACGACGCGUCCGCCGACCGCUUAAAUGCUUCCUUGGAGCGCCUCCGCCUGCACUUCUUGCCAUCACACUGA